AUGCCGACAUUCCUGGAGUAUAGACCAGAGACUAUCGCCCAACUUCAAGGAGCCGAGGCGUGUAUCUGGUGCAUGGGCACGCCGACCAGCGGCCGUGAAGUCCACGUCGACUUCACCUUCGCGGCCGCCAAAACGUUCAUCGAGCAUCUGGUCCCGGAGUUGCGAAAGGACGGCAAGAAGUUUCGCUUCGUUUACGUCUCUGGCAUCCUCUGCGAGAGAGAUCAGAAUCGAUCCCUAUGGUUUCUCUCCCAAGCCCGCAAGAUGCGCGGUGGCGUUGAGACAUCUCUUGUCGAUCUGGAGCGGGAGACUGAAGGAGGGUUCCAGGCUAUGAGUGUACGGCCUUCGGGUAUCCACAAGGCAGAUACGAGUCUGGCGUUGAAGGUAGUAAUGCCGAUUGUGCCUUCGGGAUGGCAUAUCCAGGUCGAGGAAUUCGCCGCGGCUAUGGUGGAGUUGGCGAUAAGUGGUGAUGGUGGGCACUUUGUCGAAAAUGAUGAGUUGAAGACGAGAGGGAGGCAGGCGCUGCACAUACCAAGCCCUGUCCACGUCACGGCUUGUCUCGCCGCUUUGCUCGGGGGUACGAUCAAUAUCGUUCCGCACUGCCCUAGCCCAGUCGCGGGUAAAUUCGGCCCCGUCGCGGUGAGCGUCGAGCAGUAA